AUGUCCAGACGUGGUUUAACUAAAUUUGAUACAUCAUUUUUAUCAAACGAUGGAGGAAAAUAUUCACCAUCAAUACGAAGACUUCGUCAACAUUAUUUACAUGAUACAAAAAUAUUUCCUAAUAAAACAUGUUCAUCUUCAAUCCACCCAACAACAAUGACAAUACCAAAUGAUGAUUCCCGAUUAUCUUCGUCACAUCAUCAUCAUCAUCAAUCAUCAAAUGAUUUAAUGGAAACACCAUUAAAAUGUGAUGAUUGUCAAAAACAUGAUGGAUUAUUUCAAUGUUGUCAUUGUAAUCAACGUUUAUGUAUACGAUGUUGUAAUAAACAUUAUAAAAAAGUAACUGCUGAACUUGAAUAUUUAAAUGAAUUAAGUGAUUGUCUAUUAACAAAAAUACUUCAUACAAAAAAUGAUCUUGAAAAACAAAAAAAUGAAACUAUUGAACAAUGUCAUAAAUGGCGUAUUGAUACAAUUAAUACAAUUAAUAAAGCACAUACACUUAUUAUACAAACAAUAAAUGAUGAAUAUGAAAUAUUAGGUAAAGAAUAUGAAUUAUUUGUUGACAAAGAAAUGGCACGUAUAAAUAUCGAUAAAAAUGAAUUAAUACGAAUGAAGAAAGGAAAUCUUGGUUCAUUACUUUCUUCACUUUCAUCAUCAUCAUCUUCAACAACAAUAGAUCCAACAAAAUCAAUAGAUAUGAUCAAACAACGAAUUGAAACAUUUGCUAAAUAUAUUGAUGAUACAGGUAAAUGUUCAUUUCAAGUUAAACUACCAACAUUUCUUAUUGAUGAAACUCUGAGAGUUGAAUCAUGUUUUAAUGAUAUUACAAGAAGUACGAGUGCAACAUGGCAUAACGAUGAUUAUAUUGCUGAUACGUUACCAACUAAAUCUAAUGAAAUAUCUAAGCAGAAAUUUUCUUCAAAUUCUCAAUCAAUAAAUUCAUCGUUUCGAAAUUGUGAAACACUUAAUUUACCUUACACUCCAUCUAUCGAUAAAUCAGUUGAAAUUCAACUGGAUUAUUAUGAUAGUAAUGAUGAAAUUGCUUCCUUAUCAGCAGAUAGUCCAUUUCAUAAUCAUUAUGAAGAUUAUUUUUCAUCAUCAAUAGAUCAAUUUAAUUUAUUAAGUCAAAAAUCUCCUCGAACAUCAUCAACAUCAUCUUCAUCAUCAUCAGCACCAUCAGUGGAUAAAACAAAUUAUGAUAAUGACGAUACAUAUCAAAGUAUUCAACAUGUUCAAUUACAACGUGAACAAGAUGGAUCAUUAAAAGGUCUAUCAAUUCAAUUAGAAAAAAGUCAACAAAAUGACGGAAUCAUUGAACAACGAAGAACUUGUAUGGAAGCAUAUGGAAUACGACGAAAACCAAAUGCAUUACCAUAUCGAUCACCAUCUAAUACGGAAAGAUUUUCUCAUGAUUAUCCAUGGCUUUACUAUCGAGCUAAUUCAUCUCCAUCAUUUAUUUAA